AUGGCUAGAAAGACGUUACUUACAAUAGAUGAUGUCAAUAAAAUGACGUCCGAUCAAUUCAUCGAUGUGUUUGGUAAUAUUGUGGAGCAUUGUUCGCUUUGUGCCGCCGCUGUGUGGCAGCACCGUCCAUUCCAAGACGUUCAUCACUUACACAAGGUCGUGUGUGAAUUCCUCGACAAUCUUCCUGUGAACGGUAAACAAGGAGUCCUCCGCUUACAUCCGGACCUUGCCGGAAACGUUGCAGGGGGCCUGACUUUGGAGUCGCAUAGUGAGCAAAAGUCUGCUGGAAUUGAUAGCCUUACUCUAGAUGAAAAAGGGAAAAUUCAGGAGAGGAAUAAAAACUACCGUGACAAAUUUAAUUUCCCCUUUGUCAUCUGUGCUCGGAAAAACAAAAAGGAAGCCAUUUUGGAAGGAUUGGAGCUUCGAUUACAAAACAGUAAUGAAGAAGAAGUAACAAAUGGUAUUGAGCAAGUAAAACUGAUAGCGUUAUUGCGAAUGCUUAGUAUUGUAGAAGAAUGA